UAAAGUCAUUGAGAUGUCAAAUCUCUCAAGCGAUCAAAAGGAGAAAAGUUGAGAUAUUCCGAUCAGAUAAAUAUUUCCAAGGUGUAAUGAGUAAGUGGAAAGAAAUUGUUACUUAUGGAAUGUGCGUAAAUAAGAUCAAUGGAGAGCCAAAAGACCAUUGUAGGCAUUUUCUUGCCGGCGGAGAGGAAGGAACUCCCGAGGCUUUCUUCUGUAGUGGCUGCGGUUGCCAUGUAUGUUUUCAUUGGAAAUAUGUUAAAAAGGAGAUUGAUAUGUCAACUGCCAUAGUUAAGUACGGAAAAUGCUUGAAAAACCAUAUGGCUCACAUGGGAGGUCGUUGCUCACUAGAUGGUUGCGGCGAAUUCAUGGCAGCCGGCGAAGAAGGAACCCCAGAGGCUCUCUCUUGUUCCGCAUGUGGCUGCCACCGCAGUUUUCACGAUAAAGAUUACUUGUAGCUAAAAAAUUACCUCACCACUAGUUUAUUCUUAAGAGUGAUCAUGUAUUGUGUGUGUAACUUUUAAAUCAUUUGUAUCAUUCAAAUUUUGUGACUAGUGUGAAUUAUUUUAUCAAUUCCCUCAAAUAUAUUAAGCCCAUUAUA